AUGUUCGAAUCUUCCCUGAGGGCACAACAUUUAGGUCUCUCAAGUUCUCAAGCCUGGAGUCGGGGCGUCUACUCAGAUAUUAACCUGGAGCAUGAGAUCUAUCUAUCUAUCUAUCUAUCCAUCUAUCUAUCUAUCUAUCUAUCUAUCUCUUGCAAUUCUUUAUAUCUCUCUGUCUUUCGAUUUAUAUCAAUUGCUAUCUAUCAAUCUAUCUAUCUAUCUAUCUAUCUCCUGCAAUUCUUUAUAUCUCUCUAUCUUUCGAUUUUUUUAUCAAUUGCUAUCUAUCUAUCUAUCUAUCUAUCUAUCUAUCUAUCUAUCUUGCAACGUCUUCUUAUAUAUAUAUAUAUAUAUAUAUAUAUAUAUAUAUAUAUAUAUAUAUAUAAUGUAUAUCUUUAUAUCUUUAACGAUUUUUUUAUCAAUUGCUAUCUAUCUAUCUAUCUGUCUAUCUAUCUAUCUAUCUAUCUAUCUAUCUAUCUAUCUAUCUAUCUAUCUAUCUAUCUCUCAAUAUAUAUUUGUCUAUCUGUUAUAGUCGCUAUCUAUCUAUUGCAAUAUCGUCAUAUCUAUCUAUCUAUCCACUGCAAGUUGAUUAAGUUCAUUAGUACAUUUCCCUUAUUUAUCUAUGAAACUAUCAGUGUGCCUGCUAGUCUGUCUGUCUAUACUACUGCCAACGUCAUUCUAUCUAUCUAUCUAUCUAUCUAUCUAUUGCUGGAAGCUGCACUCCUGCAGCCUCCAGCUCACUCCUGCAGCUUCCAGCUCACUCCUACCGCUUCCAGCUCACUCCUACCGCUUCCAGCUCACUCCUGCAGCUUCCAGAACUCCUGCAGUUUCCAGCACUCCUGCAGUUUCCAGUUCACUCCUGCAGCUCCCAGCACUCCUGCAGUCUCCAGCUCACCCCAACAGCUUCUCGCGGCCUCCAGCUCACCCCUGCGGCGCUCUACUGACGUCCCGCUACCUAUUCCAGCACCCGCUGACGAUCUAAUCCAGUGCCCACUGACGUCCAGCGCCCGUUAA